AUGGACAUUUUAGAUAGUUAUGAAUUUGUAUCUCUCGCUCUGGAUUCAAAUAAAAAACCUUUAUUAUUCAUCGAUCUAUACGUCCAGAAAUUCCCGGCAGAACCCAUCAGAACUCUUAUUGACUCAGGAGCCACAUCAAACUUCAUUUCCCCUUCGAUUGUGGAAAAAUAUAAAAUUCCAAAAACCCAACUCGAAAAUCCCCAAGUUGUGAGAAUGCUAGACGGUACUAUUUCCCAGACUGGUCGCAUUUGGCACCAGGUUCAUCUCACGGUUUCGGCCAAUGGCCAUCCCCACUCCAUUCCUUUCCUAGUCUGCCCCAUUGGGAACACACCUGCCAUACUGGGCAUAACAUGGCUCUCUCAGGAGUCACCCCUCAUCGACUGGACCCUAGGCACCGUUACCUUUCCCAAGCAAGCACAGAUUGCCUCGGAAGAAGAAGCUGACCCGGACCCUCUAGCAGACCUCCCAUCUCAGUACCAUGAGUUUGCUAAAGUAUUUGGCGAGGAGGAAUUCAAGGUCUUACCUCCCCACAGAGAAUACGACAUCGCAAUAGACCUUGUUCCUGACGCCAAAUUGUCCCCAGGCCCUAUAUAUGGAAUGACCGAUGCAGAAUCUAAGGCACUCAAACAACACAUAGACGAAGAAUUGGCAACAGGAAAGAUCCGUCCUAGUACCUCUUCUGCCGGAGCUCCCGUCAUGUUUGUCAAAAAGGCGGACGGAUCCCUUAGAUUGGUCGUUGAUUACAGGAAGCUGAACGAGGUCACCCAUAAGAACGUCUACCCCCUUCCUAGACAAGACGACCUAAUGGCCAAGUUAAGGCAUGCCAAGGUGUUUACCAAGCUGGAUCUACGAUGGGGUUACAACAACGUCAGGAUUAAAGAAGGAGAUGAAUGGAAGACAGCGUUCAGAACCAAGUACGGGCUAUUCGAAUAUCUGGUAAUGCCGUUCGGCCUUACCAAUGCCCCCGCCGCCUUCCAACAUUUCAUGAAUGACUUGUUCCGGGACCUUAUCGACGUCACAGUGGUCAUAUACUUGGAUGAUAUCCUGAUCUUCUUGGAAAAGCCUGAAGAACACCCUUCUCAUGUCAGGGAGGUACUAUCCCGGUUACUGAAGAAUCAGCUGUUUUGUAAACUCUCAAAGUGCCAUUUCCACGUCACUACGGUUGAUUACCUUGGCAUUGUCAUAUCCCCUGCGGGCUUCUCCAUGGACCAGAAGAAGAUUGAGGCCGUCAUGUCCUGGCCCCAACCCAGAACAGUUAAACAGGUCCAGGCCUUCCUAGGGUUUGUCAAUUACCUCCGCCGGUUUAUCCCCAACUUCAGUUCUGUUGCACGCCCGUUACACAAUCUUACCAAAAAGGAAACCCCCUGGUCAUGGGGCAACCUAGAGGAAGCAGCGUUCCAGGAACUAAAGGGUCUUGUCACCAAAUCUCCGGUCCUCAUCCACUCCAACCCCAGCCUUCCCUACUACCUAGAAACAGACGCAUUGGGAGUAGCGAUGGGAGCCAUCUUAAGCCAACAAGGAGAGGAUAACCGCCUUCACCCAGUUGCAUAUAUGUCCAAGUCCUUUUCCGGCGCAGAAGCCAACUACAACACCCAUGAUAAGGAACUCCUGGCUAUCAUCAAGGCACUGGAAGAAUGGAGGAUAUUCUUAGAGGCGACAGACAAACCAGUACAAGUGUUCACGGAUCACCGGAACCUGGAGUAUUGGAUGCAGGCACGGACAUUCAACCGCAGGCAUGCAAGAUGGCGCAUAUUCCUGAGCGAUUUCAACUUUGAGAUCCACUAUCGCCCAGGAAAGCAAUCAGGGAAACCAGACGCCCUCUCUAGGCGAUCGGACUACGUUGAUACCCCACCAGAACCAGAGGUUAUGCUCCCCGCAGAAGUCUUUGCCAAUACAUCAAAAGAGGAGCUGGAAAUUGUCACGGAGAUACGCGCCAAGCUAAAAGAAGACCCAUCCCUUGAGCCUAUCAUCCAGUUCCUAACUGAAGAUGCGGAUAACGCUCCUCCCUCCAUUCGGAAAGCUUACAGAGAUUACAACUGGGAGGAAGACCUACUAUGGUAUCAAGGGAAACUUGUGGUCCCAGACUCAGAGGCCUUGAAGGAACAAUUACUCAGGGAAUUCCACAACUCUCCCCUGGCAGGUCACCCAGGUCAACAGCGGACCCUGGAACUCCUGAGCCGCAAUUACUGGUGGCCAGGAAUGAAGUCAUCCGCAAAAGAAUGGGUAGAGUGCUGCCCAGUCUGUCAAGCCAACCGUCGCGCCCAUGGACCUGUCAUUGCUCUAAAACCGUUAGAAGUCCCACCUUUCCCAUUUCAUACAAUCUCCUACGACUUCAUCACGGGUUUUCCCAAGUCCAACGGUCACGACGCAAUCCUGGUAGUAAUAGAUUCCUUUUCCAAAUUUGGGCAUUUCAUUCCUACUUCCAAGAGAGUAACCGCUAAGGGACUAGCGGACCUAUUUGUGACCCAUGUCUGGAAACUUCAUGGACUACCCGUCAAAACUGUAUCGGAUCGAGGAACCACGUUUACCGGAAAAUUCCUCAGGGCACUGUACAAACGACUGGGAAUCAAACCGUCCUUCUCCUCGGCCUACCAUCCAGAGUCAGACGGCCAGACGGAAAGAGUAAAUCAGUUCAUUGAGUUUUACCUCAGAUCAUACGUAGCAGCCGAUCACUCAGACUGGGCCACCUGGCUUCCUUUGGCGGAAUAUGCGUACAACAAUGCCAAACACGCGUCCACGGGAAAAACGCCCUUUGAAUUGGUUUAUGGGAGGAAUCCAGUAAUGAACCCCUCCAAUAUCCCAGCCAACGUACCAGAAGCAGAUGGCGUAGCAGACACACUGGCCCGAGAAUGGAAAGAAGCCAAGUCAGCCCUCAGAAUGAGCAAGGAACGCAUGGCAAGGGAUAAAGGAACUAUCCCUGAAUAUUCAGUUGGGGAAAAAGUCUGGCUAGAUGGGAAGAACGUGGAACUCAGGACGAAUUCCAACAAGUUGGACCCCAAACGAUUAGGCCCGUUUGAGGUAAUUGAAAAGGUAUCCAGUCACGCAUACCGCCUCAAAUUACCAGAGACCCUCAAGAUCCACGAUGUAUUCUAUGUGGGAUUAUUAUCAAAAACACACGAAUCCCCCAGUCAACCUUUCCCAGAAAGACCCCCUCCUGAAACAAUAGAAGGGGAAGAAGAAUACGAAGUGGAACAAAUCAUUGACUCCAAGAGACAACGGGGUAAAUGGUUUUACCUAAUCAAAUGGAAGGGUUACGGUCCGGAAGACAACUCCUGGGAGCCGGAAGAACUUCUAGAACACAGCCAGGAGGAAAUCCAGCGUUUCAACAAGUCACGACUGAAAAAGGCUCGUGACUCCGCCAAGAGCCUUUAA